CUAACUCUCACCACUCUUAUGUUGAAACCCUAGCCUCAAGAAAAUCCACUGCCUCCUCUCUAGCUCCGGCGACCGGAGCCGUGAUUCCGACGAGUUCUCCGGCCAACCUUUCUCCGGCUACACACAUACUCCGACACCCUACUUCCUUCUUCCACCAUUCUUCACCCAAACCCACCUCACAGCUCCCAUCUUCCUCUACUGAACGGCCGGCCACCACCAUAUGGUGGUGGCGUACGGCGACGAAGACACAGAGAAUCGUAGAAGCGAGAGAGAUAACGGAAAAUGAAGAGGCCGAUCACCACCCCUCCCGUGGUGGUGUGAUGGUGACGGACGAGGGUUCCGGCACUCCGAGAUGAAACUGGAUCGCAGCUGGAAUAAGAUUAGAGUGCGGCUGGGAUGAUAGUAAUGGCUAGUUGGUUUAGGUCUCGAUUCAAAGGGAGGGAUGGCGACGGUCGAUGCUCGGUUCAAGGAUGUCAGUGGUGGUGGAACUGACGGCAACGAAACCGGUCCGAUCAGACGGCGCCGACGACAGUAACAACAAUGGCAUCACCCACACCAAGUCGCCUCUUAAUGUCAGUCGGUACAUUCUUAUCUUCGGUUGCUUUGCAUUCUUUUGUGGCUCUCAGCUACAUGGUGUGGUUGACCAACUUAGGACAAAGGCUUAUCCGGCGAGCAAACUGAGAUCUGUGCAUUAUCAAUUGGAACUUGCUGUUUGGGAAGCUGGAGUGGUCAUGGGUCGAGAUACAUGGAAUCUCAAUACAAGCUCAAUGGUUUAUGUACUCUUGGUUUACUAAACACUUAACAAAUGAUUUAUGCUUCCGCUGUACACAAUGAAUGAUAUGUAACGUUUGUAACGCUUUAUGUUAGUAAAUGAAAGUUUUAUUUAAUUAUAA